AUAAAUGUGUAUAAAUUGUAGUAAUGAUCUAGAUAUGAUGUUAGUGAUUCAUUUAUUAUAUAUUUGAAGAUGUUUUCAUUAAUAACAAGAAUUGUUCUUUAUUUUGUGUACAGAACCAGCAACUAGAAGAAACAAGUUAAAUCUAUGAGAUUCAAUUUUUUAUAUCGAAUGAAAAAUGUUUUGUUUUAUAAAUUUGGGAAAAAUGUAGAAUAAUUUGGACUAUCCUAACGCAAAACAAGUUGUUUUUGUAGUAUAGGUACUUUUAGAUUUCAUAUUAUAAUGAAUUGAUAAUUUGAUCAACGAAUUUCGUCAAUAUUUAUGCAAAAGUAUGUGAUAAACAUGAAGUGCACUCAUGUCCUUGUAUAAAAAUAACGUUUCCAAUCGUAAAAAAACAAAUUCAAACAAUUUUCUUUUCAAAAUGAUUGUUUUCAAAUCUCUAAUUUUUCUUUGUUGCACAAUUUUCGUGUCCAGCACCGAAAUUAUAUCACAAGUUUCAAAUUUAACUAACGAUUGUUAUAUAACUCAGUACUCCCAAGUAGCUAAUGCACUUAGCAAAUGUACGAGUAUUGUUAUUGAUAGUCUCGUAGUACCGAGCGGUAAAACCCUAGAUUUGAAAUUGAAAGAUGGUGCAAUACUUGCUUUCAAAGGUACUACCACCUUCGAAGUUGGUUAUAAUGAUAUAACUUUGAUGACUAUAUCAGGAAACAAUAUAAAUGUUUUCGGCGAAUCAGGUUCUCUCAUACAUGGUCAAGGUGAAAAAUAUUGGGACGGUCAAGGUGGGUCUGGUGUUAAAAAACCAAAACUUUUCCAAAUACAUGACGUAAACCAUGCGGUUUUCAAAAACAUCAAUUUGAAAAAUUGCCCUUUGUUCUGUCUUUCAAUAGUUAAAGCCACAGAUCUAUCGAUAGAUGGAUUUAAAGCUGAUUGUUCGGAAGGAGAUAGCGGGUCGGCGCAUGUCGGCAGAAACACCGACGGUAUUGGUAUAUCUUGGUCAUCAAACGUACGUAUCAACAACGUUUUCAUCCAUAAUCAGGACCAAUGUUUAUACGUCAACCAAGGUUCCAACAUGGUAUUCACUAACAUCCACUGCGUUAAUUCGAACGGUAUUUGCGCUACGGCAGGUUUCGCCGAGGAUAAUUACGAAGAAAACACCACCAAGAACAUCAGUUUCCAUAAUUGCCUCAUGGAAGGCGGGCUUACGGGUGUACAAAUUAUCGCCAUGGCUAAAGGAGGACCAGGUGAAAUUAGCGACAUCUCUUUCCAAAAUGUUAAACUCGUAGGGGUUCGUCAACAAGGUAUAUUCGUCGAAAUGGAUUAUGGUAACGCGGGUCACCUCAAUAACAACAUAGAAGUGAAAAAUUUGAAAAUGUCUCAGAUUUAUGGUACAGUAGCAGAUGGGGCUAGACAAAUUUACAUUAAAUGCGGAGCGAAAUGUCACGACUGGACCUUUUCCAACAUCAAUUUAACCGGCGGCGGUACCCCGAAUUCUUGCAACUACGUUCCUGCUGGAUUUUCGUGUUAAAUUUGAUUUUUUCAAUCAAUAAAAACGAAAUUUCAAUAUA